AUGGUAAACUUUAAUGGUUAUAUCAUAGACGUGGUAAACUUUACUGGUCUUAUGGUUAACUUUACCGGUCAUAUCACAGCCGUGGUAAACUUUAAUGGUCAUAUCAUAUUCAUGGUAAACUUGAAUGGUCAUAUCAUAGCCAUGGUAUACUUUACUGGUCAUAUCAUAGACGUGGUAAACUUUUCUUGCCAUAUGGUAAAUUUUACUUGCCAUAUCAAAGCCAUGGUAAACUUCACAGGUUAUAAUACAGAUGUGGUAAACUUCACUGGUUAUAUUAAAGAUGUGGUAAACUUCACUGGUUAUAUUAAAGAUGUGGUAAACUUUACUGGUCAUAUCAUAGUCAUGCUAUUUAUGAUACUACCACAGAUAGUAUUACAGAGACAUCCUUAG